GCAUAACUUCGACGCCGUAGGCGCCGUGUUACGACGGCAUGAUGCUGAGUAGAUGCAGUAGCUGAAGAUCACACGGAGAACCAGCCUCAGCCGCAGCCGCAGUGAUUGCCAGCAGUAGUGCAGCCGCACCUGCCGCCGACCCACCCACAUCAACAUGCAGCAGCAUCAGCAGCCGCAGCAGGCCACUGUUGUAGCAGCUGGCAACAUGGCAGGAGUGCACAGCAUGAGCGGUGGCGGUGGCGGUGGCGGCGGUGGUGGAUUCAACUGGGCAGGGGCUGCAGGGCCAGCAGGGGCUGCUCCGCCUGGCGGUGGCACGUGUGCGGCGGGCCCAGCAGCAGCAGCAGGUGCACCUGUGCCGCACAUUGCUGCUAUGUCGUGUCAAGCACGCCAUUCACACCAGCAACACCACCACCACCAGCACCAGUACCACCAAUCCCAUCAUCACCAGCCCAACCCGCAGCAGCACUCGCAGCGGGGCCAGAGCAUGGGCGCUGCAGCUGCUGCUGCGGGACCUCGCAGUGCGCAACAGCAACAAGCCCCUCCGCCGCAUCAUCACACCCAUUGGGCGCAGCAGCACCCGCACCAGCACCCUCACCAACACCAGCACCACCCCCCGCACCAGCAGCCGCCGUGGCGCGGCGGUCCGGCAGCAGCUACGGCGGCAGCGGCAGCAGCACCAGCACCAAGUCCACUGCACGCAUACGGGCCGGGGCCGCAGGGGCGGCAGGGGAAGGGGCAGGGGCAAGGGCCGCAUCAGGGGCAGGGGCCGCGGGGGCCGCGGGGGCCGCAGGGGCCGCAGGUACAGGAGCCGCCCCCAGCGAGCGGCAGCUUCGGCUCAUGGGCGCAACCGCCACAUGCCGCCGCCGCCGCCGCCGCCAGCACAGCGGCACCCGGUGGUGGCGGAGGCGGCGGCGGUGGCGGCGGCGGUGUAAAGGCUGGGCCACAAUCGCAACCACCACCGCAGCCGCAACCAGUGCCGCCGCAUGCAGUACGUGGGUUGCAGCACCUUCACCACAUACCCCAGCAGCCGCAGCGGCAGUACCCGCUGGACCCGCAGCGACACCAAUGGCCGCCGCCGCCGCCGCCGCCACAACCGCCAGCAGCAGGAAGCACGAUCUACGCACCGCAGCCGCAGCAGCCACAUAAAUACACGUACCAGCCGCCAUCGCAGCAGCAGCACCAGCACCAACAGCACCAGCACCAGCAGCGAGCGGCGGUGCUCCCACCCGCUGCAAAGGUGAUGACGGUUCAAUUGGGACCAGCAGCAACACUUCCCGGGCCCCCACCCCCAGUAAUGCCGCCGCCAUCGCUGCCGCAGCAGGCGUCAGGCUGCAGCCGCCGCCCGGUGCUGUGCUCAGGGCCCUUUCCGAGCACCGCCAUCAGGGCUUCCAGCGGCGGUGCAAUGGCGGCGCCGCAGCAUCAACACCACAAGCACCAGCAACAGCAGCAGCAACAGCAACAGCAACAGCACCAGCGGCUGCUACAGCGGCUGGGUCUGCGUGUGGCGGUGGUGGGUGGCUCGCGCUGCCUGGUGGCGGCGGCGCCCUUCCGCUGUGUGGGCCGCGACGGGGCACCGCUGCUGCUGACGGUGCGGCUGAGUGCGGAGGAUGCGGCGGCGGUGGCGGCGGAGGAGGACGCCGAGGCAGAGGCAGGGCAGGAGGAAGCGGCGGCGGCAGCAAUGGCGGCGGCGGCUGAGACGGCAGCAGUGGUGGCAGCGGCGAGAGGGGUACAAGAUGAUGCGGCAGAGCGGGCGCAGGAGGAGGCAGAGGCGGCAGCGGUGGCGGAGGCGGACGCAGCUCAGGCACUAGAGGCGGCAGAGCAGGCACAAGAGGAGGCAGAGGCGGUGGCAGUGGCGGAGGCGGAAGAAAAAUUGCAGGCGGCGGCGGCCGAGGCAGCGGCCGCGUGUGGGGCGCUGCAGCAACCGAUGGCGGCUGCGGCGGCGGCGGGGGCAGCGGCAGGAGCGCCGACACAUCCGCCUCUACUGGUUAUGGCGGAGGCGGACGUAGAGGUAUCAGCAGCAGCAGGAGGCCUCCAGCGGCCCUUGCCGCCUUCGGCCGUUACCGCCGUGGAUCACGCUGCCGUGUCAACCGACGCAGCCGCCUUCACACAGGCUGCGGCACCGGCCGCAGCAUCAGCACCUGUCCAGCCGCCGCCAUCGCCGCCGCCGCCGCCUCUGCCGCCGCCGCCGCAGCCACCACAGCAGCCGACUGACAGCCCCAUUGGCACUGGCGGUGUGCAGCAGCGGCGGCGCGGCAGCGGCUGCCGGCGGCGGAUGCUGGGACCCUCGUCUGCCGCCGCAGCCGAGUCCUUGAGGCAGCAGCUGCGGCAGCUGCAACAUCAUCACCACGCAGAAGGGGAGGAGGAGGGCGGCCGUGAGCCUGUGGGGCCGACUGCAUCGGAUCCAGUGGCAGCUGCGGUGCCGGCGGCCAUUGCCGCUGCCGCUGCCGCUGCCGCCGCCAGCGCUGCCGGCACAAGAUCACCAGCAGCCGCAAAUCAUGGAGUUUCGGACAAAGCGGCAGUAGCACAGGCGCGCGGGCGCCAGCAGCUGCUGCUACAGCCGGUGCCGCUGCCCUCUCGGCCUCCACUGCUGACUGUCCCAACGACGGGCGCUGCUGCUACGGCCGCUACAGCUCCCGAGGCGCCGCAGUCACAGCAACCCAAGUCGCUGUUUGCGAAGCGGGCCGCCAGCAGCAGCGGCGUCACUACUGGUGCUAGCAGCAGCAAGAGGUCUCGAACGGGCGGCGGCGGCGGCGGCGGCAGAGGGCGCUGUGGGCAGGCUAUAGAGGAGGCUGGUGCUGCGGACGGCGGCGGUGCAGGCGGCGCUGGUGAAGGCGCACCUUUCGGCAGCACUGGGCCGGCUGAACCCGAGCCCACGGCAGCGGUGGCACCUGCUGCCGCACCUGCCGCCACACCUGCAGCACCUGCAGCACCUGCGGCGCCACCCAAGGUGGACGAAGCUGUCGUGCUUCUGGAGCCCCUGCCGCUGACGCCGCUGGAGGUGUCACAGCAGCAGCAGCAGCCGCCAUCGCAGCAGCAUCCAUCACAGUCGCAGUCAGUGUCGGAGCAGCUGCCGCUGAACCAGCUGCAGCUCCUUCAGGAGCAGGAGCAAUCGCAGCAGCAGGAGCCGCCGCCGCCGGAGCCAUCGCCUCAGCAUCAAGAGCAGGAGCAGGAUCAGGAGCGGGAGACGGCACAGCCGCCACUACUGGGGAGGAUGGCCGCACCGCAGCCACCGCCACUGCUGGUCUCAUUCCCGGUACCACUACCAUCAGCGCCGCCGCAGCCGUCGCCACCUCCUCAAAUGCAGCCCAUGCAGCCGCCGCCUCACCAGGCGCCCCCGCCACAGCAACCGCCGGCAGCACUGCUACAGCCGCCGCCUGCGCCAUGUCCGGCACCUCCCACCGCUGUAGGCGUAGCAAUGGCUGCUGUGGGGUGGCAGCAGCAGCACCAGGCCCUCCCUCACCUCCGACCGCCGCCUCCUCCGCCUCAACUACAGCCGCCACAGCCGCGCCGCUGCGCCACCUGCUGCCCACGUGCCUACUACUACGUCGCCAGCUUCCUCACAGACGACCUGAGCCUGUAUAGCAGCGGCAGUAGCACUAGCGGCGGCGGCGGCGGCGGCGGCGGCUGUAACGGUGCCGCUGCCUCUGGCUGUAGAUGUGGGCGCCGGGGUGGCGGCGCACCGCCGCCGCCGCCGCCACCACCGCCGCCGCCAGUGAACCUGCCGGCGUCGCACCCGGCGGCUCGGGCGGCGCUGCUGCGGGUGGUGGGGGUGCUGGUGCAGGAGGCGGCUCACUUUGGUGCGGCCAGCCGCCGCCGCGCCGCCGACAGGUAUUGGCGGUCGCUGGCCGCCCGUGCCGCUGUAGACGGCACGCCGCCGCCCGCCCUUCAGGAGUGGGCGGCAGCCACUGGCGGCCUGGAGCCGCCGCAGCCGCCGCCUCCGCCGGCAGCAGCAGCGCACCCACUAGCACCAUUGCUGACUGGCACAAUUACAGCAGCGGGGGCAGUGGGGGCAGCGGGGGCAGCGGGGGCAGCGGGGGCAGCGGGGGCAGCGGGCUCUGGUGUCGCAUCUGGCUUUUCAUCUGCAGCGGGCCGCAAGCGCCGCCGGGAGCCGCAAGGCGAUGGUGGCGGCGGUGGUGGUGGUGGGGAGCAUCAGGCGGGGGCUGCCGCCGGCACCGGUGCCGCUGCUUGCGUUGCGGCUGCCGCGGCGGGGGGAGGCAUGAGCAUUGCGGAGGCAAUGGCGGUGAGGAUGGCGGCACGGCGCAAGGCCGUCGCGGCUACAGGGGCCGAAGGCGGAGCUGCUGGUGGUGGCGGCGGCGGUCGGACUGGAGGAGGUGGAGGUGUUGGGGAGUUCCGGGCGCCCGGCCCCCUGGGUGUGGCGAGGCAGCAACAGCUGCAUCCGCAGCCGCACACCCGGCAGCAGCAGCUGCAGCCGCCGCCACAGCAGCGUCCGGAUCUGGUUGAGAGGCCAGCGGCUACAGCGGCUGUAGCCAAGCCGCAAGACUUGACUUCUUUGGGCAACAGUGCAAGCGCGCCUGCCCCCGCUGCUGCGGUCGAGCCACCGGCCGUCGCUGCAGCCGCCGCUGCCCAGCCAGCAGGCAAGCGGCCGAGACCUGUGGGCGCCAGCGCUGCCGCCGGUGCGGCGUUUGUCAACCCACGGCGGCAGCAGCAGCGUGUCGCACCGCGCCACGAGGCACUAGCAGUAGCAGCAGCAGCAGCAGCAGUAGGCGGCACCGCCUCCGCGGUGAAGGCCCCUCCUACUGCAGCUACUGCCGCAACCAAUGCUGCUACUGCUGCCAAUGCCAAUGCGGUUGUUGUUGCCGCCAUGUCGGGAGCAGUUCCGAGCCCUGCCCCCGCACCGUCGCCUGCUCCCGCGCCGUCGCCAGCCAACACCACCGCCGCCCCGGCGCUGGAGCUCGCGUCGCCGUUUCCGCCGCUGCUGCUGCUGGGCUCGGCCGCCUGCUCGCCACUCGGCGCAGCCGCGCCCGCAGCAGCCGCACUGGGGUCAUCAGCUGCGGGCGGCGCUGCUGGAGCCGCGGGGGCUGGUUCCACAGCUGCUGCUGCUGCGGCUGUUGGGGUCAGCAGCAAGCAUGCGCCACCGCCGUUCGCACACGGCUUCGCCGCCCCGACCACGGUGAAAUUUGUGGCACCAGGGGAUACGCCGACCGCGGCAGUAGGUGUUGUGGCGAGGGGCAGCAACGAGGAGGGCGCGGUCCUGGCGGCUCCGGCUGUAGCAGCAGUAGCAGCAGCAGCGGCAGUAGCAGCGGCGCCUGGGGCAGUAGCAGGAAGACCCGCAGCCGCCGCGGCGACCGAAGAGGCGUCCAUGGAUGGCCUGACGGCGUCACAGGCGGAGGCGCUGGAGGCGCUCGAGUCCAAGUACAUGGGCGGAGGGGGCGGAGGGGUGGGGUGGGUGGGGGGGCGCUAGAAGGUAGCUAGGGGUUGACACGGUAUGAGAGUGGAGAGAGCGAGGGCGCUGGGGCGGCAGUCCAACUGGCUGAAGCACCGAAGCGUUUGAGAGGGCAUGUGAGGGCCUGGAGGCAAGCGCUCAGUGAUAGGCGGGCUGAGGAGGAAUCAACGACUACAACGACGAGUGGUGCCGUGCUGCCAAGUCGAGAUGAUGGGUGCUGCAUACGGUGCGCAGUGCUAGCUACGCGCGUGUCGUUGGUGGGUCAAGGGUGGCGGCCGCCGAUAAAAGCGGCCUGGCGGUUGGCGGCCAGGCGCGGCGUUGGCUUGGGCGGCAGACAGGCAGUGAGCAGUGAGGCAGUGAGUGGCAGAACUGAAGGGACUGGAUCGGCGGGACGUGGACGCGUGGUGGGUCGUGUUCACAAUGG